AUGACUGGUCUUUUAAAGUUGACAACUGUUCUAUUUCUUAUCUUUACUUUGGCAACAUCUCAGGUCAUUAAAGAAUUCAACACGCCAACUGGACCAAUUUCUCAAGGUGCCAAUGUAAUGCUUUCAUGGUCAUUUGUUGAUGGAGCCGAUGUAUCCACCGCGACCGGAUUAUUAAACGCUAAAGAUGCUACAUCUCAAAAUACCGUAACAAUUGAUGAGGCAGUACCGCUUGCACCUGGAUCCUAUAAUUGGCUCGUUACUCUUCCUCCUUCAACUUAUAACCUUGGACUUAAUGAUGGCUCCGGUUUUAAAUUCACUGCUCCAGUGGAAAUUGUUGAAGGAAAAGUUCCUACAGAUAAUUCAAAAUCUCCAAAUGAUCCUAAACCUUCAGAUAAAGAAAAAGAAAAAACUGAUACAACUGUUGCUCCAACUAGUGACCCUACUGCCGCAAAAAGUACAUCGCCAACUAUUAUAUCAUCAACACCUAACGAUUCAGCUCCUUCAAUUUUAUCCGGAACCAAUGUCGCAUUUAGUCUUUUGGCUGUUGCCAUUGCAAUGUUACAAUUCUAG